CAGCAAGAAACGAAUGAAAGCGGUCAUAAACUUUAAUUUUUCUAUCUUUUAAUCCAAUAACUCUUUAUAAAAUGGUGAUUUCAUUUUUCAAUUUGCAUUGUAGAAUGGUUUGAAAUGAGUCUCAAAACUUUUAUCGUUUUCUGGUAGUUAAUUACCAUAUCAAAAAAAAAAAUGUUUCACAAAACACAGGAUGAAAAGGAAAGUUUUUUGGAACAAACUAAAGCCGCUAGGAAAGAGAGAGCUUUAGAAAAACAAAAAGAAAGAGCUUCUACUACCAUUCAAUCUUAUAUAAGAGGCUGGUUGACCAGGGUUAAAGUUACUAGAAAUAUUUUGAUUGAAUUUGACGAUGCACUCCAAAAUAUCCCAAUGGACCCCACAAACACAAUGCAUGUUUCCCUUGCUCCCUCUCUUCAAAUGUACAAACAAAUUACUAGAUUUCUUUUUAUUUGGAAAAAAGAUAGAGAUAAGGAGAGGUUUGUUCGACUCUGCCGUUACUUAGUUUUCAGUUUGGAGAGUGAGAAUCCUAAGAUCAGUUAUGUGGGAGUAGCACUGAAUAAAGAUCAUGUAAUGAAAUGGAUUGCACAUAUGAAUGAUAUUUUAUGGAAGUGUUGUGUAUACUUGAAAGAUCUUAAAUUGGAAUUAACUGUAGAUAAUCAGCAAGCAGUUUUAUUCAUUCAUGUAUUAGUUUCUUUUACUAGUACCAAAACGUGGCGUCUGUUGUAUUAUAAAAAUAUGGGGAUGUUUAUGAAUGGAAUGAACCAGCUAUGUGCAAAUCUCAUUGGUCAAUUGGUGCAAAAAGGUUUUUUCUCAAUAAUAAGAGAUGUUUUGAUAAAUGGUCUGGGAGAAGUUAAAGUUACUUUAAGUAAUGUAUCAUUUAUGGCUAUUAUAACUUUGACACUGAGACCUUUGAAAGCAGCAGAUUAUUCUGAAAAUUUGAUGGUCAUGUUCUUAAUAUAUGUAAUGUCGGUACCAGCAUUGAUUUCACAUCUGAAUAAAUGGGCUCCAGAAUGUAUGAACAACUUCUUGACUGAUGGGAUUUUUGAUAAAACUGUAACACUUUUAUCUGACGAUACAUCUAUGAACCUUGUACUGGAUUCAUUAGAAGGGAAUAAUGCAUUAUAUCUGUUGGCGAAUUUUUUGGAAUUAGCAUACAUAGUGAAGGAAAUUGACCCCCCCCUUUUCGUGACUGUUGUGACUGGAUUGCUGGAAGGUUCUCAAAAACAGUUUGCUAACAACCAAUGUAAAAGCAGUGUUACCAAAUGGCAUCCUAUUCUGGGUUGGUCCGCGCAAUCAAUGAAUCCUGCUCUGUAUUCGAGUAUACCACAUGUGAAAACUCAACUGCAUAUUUUAUGGGGUUCAGAAAUCACACAAUUAAUAUUUGGCAACUACCUAGCUGAAUUAGUCAAACAUACUGAACCAUCACAGCCACCAAGUCCUGCUAAGAGCAGCCAUUUCAGUGGUACUUUCUUAAAGAAAGUUUUUGAAAGCAAGAGCAACAGAGGUAGUAUACAGAGAAGCUAUCGUCAACCAUGGGGCCCAGAGGUUAAGAGAAUAGAAUUGAUUUGUUCAAUGUAUUACACAGCUUUGCAAACCUUGACCGAGCUGCAUUUAGAUAUAUUAACUGGACUGUGUUAUCAAAAUUCAUUGUUGUACAAUUUAUGGUUAUUUUUAUGCUCCUUAGGACCUAAUUGUGGGAUGAAGACCUUUUUGAGUAAUCUUGCUUUGAAUACUAAAUGCUCAGAUCCCGAAUUUCAGAUGCUUCAACUUUUUUGUGAUUGUAUGACACAUUAUGUAACCCUCUUGGAUGAUAUGGAAAUGUAUGAAAAGCAACAUCCUUUCAAAUUGAGUGAUUUCAUCAUUUUAUCAAAUGUUUUGAAUAUAUUUUUAUACAAAAUAAUUGUAGGAAACCUGAUAGACAUAAAAACAAUACAGAGCAACAAACUAUUUCAGUCUCUGCACAAUCUUCUAAUGCUGUUAUAUCGAAGAGACUCUAGAAGGUGUUAUUCGCCACCUGGACAUUGGUUGAUAAAAGAAAUCAAAGUGCCUUCUUUCUUAUCUGAUCUGGACAAAAGUAGGAGAGUACCACAACUGCUUCUACAGACCAUGCCACAUAUCAUUCCUCAUGAAGAUAGGGUUAGACUGUUUAGAAAAUAUAUUGUAAAUGAGAAGACUGUUUUGGGGCUCACCGAAUCUGCAUGUGCAUGUCCCCAGCCUACCAUUAUCACAGUACAUAGGAGCCGAAUAGUAGAAGAUGGCCAUAGGCAAUUAGCCACACUACCACCACAAGCAUUGAAAGGAGUCAUAAGGGUAAGAUUCAUUAAUGAACAAGGGCUAGAUGAAGCAGGAGUAGAUCAAGACGGGGUAUUCAAAGAAUUCCUUGAAGAAACAAUAAAGAAAGUUAUCGAUCCCUCAUUGAACUUAUUCAAAACCACUAGUGAAGAGCGACUUUAUCCUUGCCCAACAUCUUAUUUACAAGAUAACCAUUUAGGACUCUUCGAAUUUGUAGGAAGAAUGCUUGGAAAAGCUGUUUAUGAAGGAAUUGUAGUAGAUGUACCAUUUGCUUCUUUCUUUUUGUCCCACGUUUUGGGACAGACUAAACAUGCCAACUACAGUUAUAUUGACGAACUUCCAUCUUUAGACGAAGAACUGUACCGUUCUUUAAGUUACAUAAAACAUUAUGAAGGAGAUGUGUCGGAUCUAGAUCUUACUUUCAGUUUAGACGAGGAUAAUAUGGGGAGAAUUGAAACUCAUGAGCUGACACCUGGAGGUAGAGCAAUUUCAGUAACGAAUGAGAAUAAAAUCACAUAUAUUCAUCUAAUGGCCCGUUUUCGAAUGCGAGAUCAGAUCAAGCAUCAAACUGCCGCUUUCAUAAAAGGAUUCAAAUCUAUCAUAAACCCUGACUGGUUAGCCCAUUUCUCCACGCCAGAGCUUCAGAGACUCAUAUCAGGAGAUAAUGUUCCCUUAGAUUUGAAAGACUUGAGGAAGCACACUCAAUAUUAUGGUGGUUUUCAUGAUUCUCAUAGAGUUGUUGGAUGGUUGUGGGAUAUUUUGGAUAAGGAUUUCACAGAGGAGGAGAAGGCAAUGUUCCUCAAGUUCGUAACCAGUUGCUCAAAGCCGCCUCUGUUGGGUUUCGCAUAUUUAGAGCCCCCAUUUUCUAUACGAUGUGUGGAAGUGGGAGAUGAUGAAGACACUGGAGACACAAUCGGAAGUGUCAUCAGAGGCUUUUUCACAAUACGUAAAAAGGAUCCUCAGAACAGACUGCCAACAUCAUCAACAUGUUUCAAUCUCCUUAAACUACCUAACUAUCAAAAGAAAAGUACAUUGCGCGAAAAACUUCGAUAUGCCGUGACUUGUAGGACUGGUUUCGAGUUAUCGUGAGUUUCGAAAGAAUUUACUGGUUUCAUCUUUCAUAUGUAUCGAAAACAGUUUUCCAUAUCACUAUCAGAUUUCUCAUAAGAAAUUUCCUCUAAUGACAAUAUAUGAAAAUAAAAAUAUUAAAUAUUAGUGAUGGAUCGAAACUCGGAAUAAUAUAAUUGGCUACUUUACACAACGGCAGUAAACAAAUGAAAUGAUUGCCUUUACUCAGUGUUGCUGGUAUGUGUAUGAAAUAUUCUGAGAAAUGAAAUAUCGAUGCACAGCUUUAAGUGUGAAAUGAAUUAAUUGAUCUUUGUGAUUUUUUCAUUGAGAGAUAUGAUGCAAUUAUUUUUUAAUGUCAGUACGGUUGAAAUUGGGUAAUCGAAUAUCUCAUAAUAUGUUUUCAUCCAAAUGAAAUGUUUAUUUCAUGUAUAUGUUCCUUAAGAAAUUCAAUAGGUCUUUUAUAAGCGUGUUUGGAAUUAUAGAACCCUUAUCCUAGUUUAGAAACCGUCAUAUUUACAUUUCUUGAUUCCAAAAAAUUCCAAAACAUAUUAACAAGAAGUGAGGUUUCUGGUUUAUUAAUUAGACGAACACGUGAAUUCUCAAUUAUGUAGUAUUAUUUCUAGUCUUCAAUUUUUAUCUGUUCAUCUGGAAAAAUGAUGAUAAUGGGAACUGUAUGUGUAUUUUAUAUUUAUAAAAUUGUUAUAAUAAAGAAAAGAAAAUA